AUGGAUUCAACAAAUACCUUAAAAUUAGAGCAGGAAACCAAAUACGAACCUCCCAAAAAGAUUCUCACGGAGGCUUCAAUGCCGACAUCACGUGUGGGUCGACUUUUUCAUUAUGGAGGCUUGGCUGCAUCAUUGGGUGCAGGGGCAAUCACAGAAACUGUUCGUCGAACUAUAGGACGUGGGACCACACCAGAGCAGUCACCCACGUUCUUGACACCAGCUAACAUGGAUCGGCUCGUCAGCAAACUCACAAAGAUGCGUGGUGCUGCAUUAAAGCUUGGUCAAAUGCUAAGUAUUCAAGAUAAUAAAAUGUUGCCACCAGAAUUGGAAGAAGUUCUGUCGCGUGUCCAGAACAGUGCCAACUUUAUGCCUGAAAAGCAGAUGCGUAAAGUCAUGAGUCAGACGAUGGGAUCUAACUGGGAAUCUGAGUUUACAGAAUUUAAUAUGGUGCCUAUCGCUGCUGCAUCGAUAGGCCAAGUCCACAAGGCAAUUCACAGAGCUACAGGAAUGCCAGUUGCAGUCAAGGUUCAGUAUCCAGGAGUAGCUGCAUCCAUCGACUCUGAUUUAUCCAACUUGAAAACAUUGGUUCUUAUGUCCAGUAUCUUGCCUCGAGGAAUGUACCUUGAUAACACCAUUAAGGUUGCGCAACGCGAGUUGGGUUGGGAAACAGAUUACUUGCGCGAAGCAGAAUGUAUCGAAGAAUUUGGCCGAUUGCUCAAGGACGAUCCAGACUACCAUGUACCCAAGCUUGUCCGAGAGGCAUCAGGCCCCAUGGUGUUGACGAUGGAAUGGAUGGAUGGUGAGACGAUGACUCAAGUAAUACAGAGUCGCGACCAAACCGUCAGAGAUCGAAUCGGCACUAACAUCCUGAGACUGUGCCUGAGAGAGCUAUUUGAGUUUCAAUACAUGCAAACAGAUCCAAACUGGACCAACUUUUUGUAUAGUCCUCUAUCUACUAAAUUGGAGUUACUGGAUUUCGGGGCCACUCGAGGGUUUGAUUCAAGGUUCACGACCCUUUACUUGAAGACUAUCCUGGCGGGAGCUGCAGGAGAUCGUGAUGGCUGCUUAAAGCACUCUAGAGAGCUUGGAUUCUUGACGGGCGAGGAGACAACGAUUAUGGAGGAGGCACACAUCAAUUCGCUGUUGACAUUGUCAGAGCCCUUCCAAGAGUCUGCGCCGGAUGUGUAUGAUUUCAAGUAUCAGACGAUCACACAGCGCGUCAAGGACCAGAUCCCAACCAUGCUCAAGUAUAGGUUGACCCCUCCUCCAGAUGAGACGUACUCGAUGCAUCGCAAGAUGGCAGGUGCAUUCCUGCUGUGCUCGAAACUGGGUGCACGUGUGGAAUGCAAAAAGCUUUUUAGAGAUAUCACAAGCCGGUAUAGAGAAGAAAACGUUAAUGAGCGGCGAGGCAUGAACUUUGGGCGCGGAGCUUAA